AUGGUUUCACCGUAUCUCGCUGCUGGCUAUCUCUGCUCCGGAUUUGCGACCCUGCAUGUGCACGAGCGACGCUGCCGUUUGAUAUUCCGUGGCAGUGCGCUGGCCCAUAGGCUGUGGGCGGCGGGCGGCGGGUCCAUUCUGCGCGGUCGAGACCAGCACAAUGGUCGCGGCCGCAUUCGAGGGCAUGAAUAA